AUGACGUCCAGCACGUCGAGCACAAUGACCACUUCGGCAACUUACACAACGUCCUCGCACACCUUCAGCACAAGCGCCACAAGUACGACCACCAUCAUUCCUGCCAUCAGCAAUGUGAAUCGAGCUAUCAUGUGGGUUGUGCUGAUCGUGUUUGCGAUUCUUAUUCUGGCAUUUGCAAUUGCAUGCAUGUGGAUACAGUGCUGGCACUGCCCGCUGGCCCGCGUGGCUCCCAGACCUGAGAGCCUCCGAGAGCCUCGGCCCCCGAAGCCUCCGGUGGGCAGGAAGGGACUGCGCCCGCCCGCUCCUGCGUUUGCUCCGAUGACCCCUUGCAACAGAUCACCGGGUCCUCCGUUGGUCGUGCUCGUACAAUUCCAGGGUGCCCCACGAAUCACCCCAAGGGUAACGCUGGUUCCGGCAUCCUCACCCUGGCCGCAAGCGGCCACGCGGCACGAGUGCAGCGAGACGCAGCCAUCGCACGCUAGGCUGCCAUCACCCGAAGUCCCAUUCCUGGCAAGCUUGCCCCAGUUUCGAACCAAGAUCUGCGUGCCAGACUUGUGCCAGGACCCCGCUCCGCUGGAAAGAAUACCCACUGCACCCCCUACACCACUUCCAGCACCUCCCAGCAUCACCUGGCUGGAACCGCUGGCCCGAAAGUCACCACGGCCUUGGCUGCGAAUCCAGGUGGUUUUGCACGCCACAAAGCCCCCCCAGCGGCCGGCUUCGCGCAGCCAGCCACGUCAAGAGCUCGUGCCAGGUUUGCCACCAGGCUGGCCUCCGGCAGAUGCACCAGCACGGAGAGAGAGCGAGCCCCUUUCCAAUCAGCCAGGCCCAGGCCCGGACGCCCUCAAGCCGCCACGGCAACUGCCACGAUGGGGCAUGCCGGACAUGCUCUGCCACCGGAGCAGGGAACGCGAGGAACCGAUCGAGUACCCAGCCAGCCCAUGCUCAGGGAAGGAGCUGAGGCAUGUGCAGCUCAGUCCAGCCGUUCCUGUUUUGUUAAGGCUGGAGCCUGCCAGCAGACCUGCGGAGGAUCCGCCUCCCCAGUCACUCCAACCUGCAGUCGCUGCGGAGAGACUCAGCGAGCCAUGCGAGCCGCGUGUGCAGCUGAUCCCGGUCUCGCACAUGGUUCUCACGAACUUGAGGUUUCCUGCAGACCUGCCACUUCCACGGGAUCCGCAACCCUAA